GGCCUGCCGGUUCGCCUUCCUAUUGUCAAUUAAAAACCGCCGCAGGACGCCAUUUCUUCCUUCCGCUUUCUUCACCAUCAUUCGUCUGUAAUUCCACUUCUACCCGACCCGUUCUUCUUCCUUUCCAGGUCAGUUCCUUUUCUCGCUGCCAUGAUUGUUUCAGAUUCCGAUUCGGCUACCCCAUCGUCCAAUUCUUGCCAAGUCGAUCAAUCGGCCUCUGGUCGUAACCCCGGCCACACUCAAUCACCCCAGCCGUCACCGCCGGCCGUGUCUGGCCAUAAACGGCGUCGAUUGAGGAAGCAAUUCCCUUCCUCAACCCCGGUAGACGAGGGCUCGAGGGUUGGAUUGGACGAAAAUAUCAUGGCGCUAUGCCAUUGCCAGAUUACUGACCGGGGGUUCGUCGAUGCUACUGACAUGGUCGGACCUUCCAUUGAAGUCAUGAGACCUACCAGCACCCAAACCGCCCUGGACGCCCCUUCAGGGUUCUUCACGGUCCAUCUGGCGUCUUUGAAGAAGGGGCUGCGCUUCCCACUCCACCCGCUUUUGAUCGAAUUCCUCAAUGUGGUGGACCUUCUUCCGUGUCAGUUGGUCCCCAACUCUCACCGGUACAUCGCCGGUUAUUUGGUCCGGUGCAAGGCUGUAGGGGUGAAACCAACUUUGGACCAUUUUCUAUUCACCUUUAAGCUGACCAAGGGCCAUAAGGAUUGGGCGUCCUAUGCCAGCCUUUCCCAGAGGUCCAGUAAGCUCUUUGCUAGCGACAAGAAGGGGUCGACCAAAGACUGGAAACCCUACUUCGUCUUUGUCUCGACGGGGCCCGAAUCUCCUUUCACAGUGGAAUUACAAGAUUCAGGAGAAGAGAUGGACGGCGAUCUCCUACUCAGUCGCCUCACUGCAGGGAGGAAGAGGAAGAGAGAGGCGAAAGGCCAGGGCAAACGCUCUUCGUCCCACCACGGGGAGGGUCCCUCCCAAGAGCCGGCUGUAAUUGUAGUGGAGGACCAGGAUGAUGCUACCCUGGAAACGGGUACAGUGACUGGUCAUUCCCCCCCCCCACUCUUGACCUACGAGGUGGCGACCGGGGGUCGCUCGACGAGGCUUUGCAUUCAUCCUCUGCCCCAAAGCUUAGGGGACGUGCAACUGGAGACCCUGAUCACCUUGCCCGCGGAGGACCAAGCUCGCAUCUCCGCCGGUUCUGAGGACGACCUUGAUAACAUGGUCCUUUUGAGGCUGAGCCAGGCCACGCUGGGGAUGAUUGAGGUGGUCGGUAGGAGACGGGGUCACCAGGCUGCCUUGGGCGAGGCGUUGAAGACAUCGGAGGCCAAGCAGAAGGAAUUGCAGGAGGAGGUCGUCCGACUCACGAGAGAGUUGGGGGAGAAGGAAGAUCGUUGCGCGGCGCUUGCUGCAGAGAAAACUUCCAAGGAGAACCACUGCGUCGCCCUUGAGGCAGACAAAGCCGCCCUGUCUUUGGAGGUAGAAUCUGUUUCUGCUCGCGUGGUCGAGCUGGAGGGGGAAAAAUCUGACCUGAUCCAGCAGUUGGGAGUGGAGAGGAGCGACCGGGUCCGGUAUGCAGAGGAAGCGGUAGAAUCCUUCAAGUCUUCUCCUGACUUCGCGAUGGUCGCGAUGGAGCGGAUGGAAGAGCUAACGGCCGCUUGGCUCAAAACCGAGCCUGGGGCUCAAUGGAUGGUCAAGGAGGGGACCAAAUCCUUCAACUGUGGACUCUUCCGCGCCCAACAGGUCUUCCGCGACAGACUGGCUCAGCUCCCCAAGGGAUUCUCUCUUCCCGACCUUGGCUUCCCUCCUCCCUGCCGUUCCUUGGCCGAGUUCGACCCCAGUCCUUAUCUAGACGGGGGGAGCUCGAGUGCGUCGGAAGAAGAGGAAGAAGAAGAAGUGGAAGGCGGUCAGGGCGACCAGGAUCAGGGGACCAGCUUAGCCACGUCCAAGGCGGGUGGAAAUCCUAGCUCGAGCGCCUAACCUCCCCUGUUGUUCCCCCGGAGUUUUGUAAACACUUGUUGUUUUUUCCUUUGAAAUGACUUAUCGUUUUGAUGCAAUGUUCGCAUGUUACUUGAUUCGUUGGAUCCACUAUGUGCCUCCUUUUUUCAGCGUUUUACUUUCUUCUCUAGCUUAGCUGAUUCGCAUG